AGCUCGGGAUCCGGAAAGCAAUGAAAUCUAAAGGAAUCUUGGUCGCUUCAUUUUCAGUAAGCUCGUACCUGCGAGAGACAGAGAGACAGAGAGCAGAAAAGAGUAGUAUCCCAAGUCAUGUCCACCGACUUCAAGUACAUCCCAAUUAUCGAUAUAAGUCCUCUUCUGGCCAGGUGUGAUGAUCCAAAAAUGGCGGAGGACCCAGGCGUGUAUGAAGUUGUUAGACAAUUAGACCAGGCUUGUAGAGAGGCAGGAUUCUUCUACGUGAAGGGCCAUGGUAUUCCCGAUUCCCUAAUUAAAGAGGUGAAAAAAGUGAGCCACAAUUUUUUUCAACUCCAAUAUGAAGAAAAAAUUAAAAUCAAGAUGACUGCCGCAACGGGGUUCAGAGGAUACCAGAGAGUAGGAGAAAAUAUAACCAAAGGCGUGCCUGACAUGCACGAAGCUAUUGAUUGCUAUAGAGAAGUGAAAGAAGGUAUGUAUGGAGAGCUUGGCAAAACUAUGCAAGGAUGUAACCAAUGGCCAUGUAAUCCUCCGAACUUUAAAGAACUAAUGGAGGAGUAUAUUAGCCUCUGUAAAGACCUUUCAAGGAAAAUUUUGCGGGGAAUUGCUUUAGCAUUGGGGGGGUCACCAGAUGAAUUUGAAGGUGAAAGAGCUGGGGAUGCAUUUUGGGUGAUGCGAAUUAUAGGUUACCCAGGCGCGUCCACAACGAAUGGUCCAGGCCCCAUAAAUGACAUCGGAUGUGGAGCUCACACUGACUAUGGUUUGUUGACAUUGGUUAAUCAGGAUGAUGAUAUUACUGCCCUACAGGUAAGAAACCUGUCGGGUGAAUGGAUAUCAGCUCCUCCAAUUCCUGGAACAUUUGUCUGCAACAUUGGUGACAUGCUUAAGAUUUACUCAAAUGGGUUGUAUGACUCAACCUUGCACCGCGUUAUGAACAACUCUCCAAGAUAUCGAGUCUGUGUAGCCUAUUUCUAUGAGACAAACUUUGAGACGGCAGUGGAGCCUUUGGAAAUUUGUAAACAGAGGACAGCAGGAGCUAAGAAGUUCGAAAGAGCUGUUUAUGGGGAGCAUUUAGUGAGCAAGGUCCUGACAAAUUUCGAUUAAUCUCGUUAUUGUUUGGAGAAACUUUACUUUAGAUCCUUCAAACUACCACACGUUUUAAGAAGACCCUCAUAAAUUUAAAAAACUCUCAAUUUCACCCAUCAUACUUUCAAUUUGAUGCAAUUUCAAUUGUUUUGUGUAAUCCAAUAAAAAUAUGUCAAGUUCUAUCGACAAGAUCCACUUAAGAAUAUUGGAAUUUCUCU